AGACUAACUUCUAACCUUAUAAAAACCCAUCUUACUCUCCAUUUAUCAUCACCACCAAUCUCUUGUUAACUAGCUCAAUUUUCUUACAUCAAGCAAAUACUCUUCUAUCAUCACAGUAGAACUAAUCAAUGGCAUCCCAAACCAUUGAGAACUACCGUGCAGGAGCUGAGGUCUACAAUGGCCACGACCUCUGCAAGGAGAAGUCCAUUCAACUCCUCGAAGAGCUCUGCCUUCCCAAAGGUCUCUUACCUCUGGAGGAUAUCGAAGAGUUUGGCUAUAACCGUGAGGCCGGCUUCAUUUGGCUGAUCCAAAAGAAGAAGAAAGAUCAUGUCUUCAAGGAGAUCAAGAGGGCGGUGUCUUAUGCUCCUGAAGUAACGGCUUUCGUGGAGAAGUAUAAGCUGAAGAAGAUGACCGGAGUUAAGACAAAGGAGCUUCUGCUCUGGCUGUCGGUCGUGGAGGUUUACUUUGACAACCCAACCUCUGAAAAGCUCACUUUCAAGACAGGCACCGGACUCUCCGAUAGCUUCAAAGCUGCUGCCUUUGAGCUCGGACACUGAGGAUACAAGAAAGAAUGGGAAAAUCAUUGCUGGGGAGAAGCUGUAGCUACUAUUUAAGAAUUAGUACUCUUUUUUAAUUGUUAUGUUUUCGUGCGAUUGAAAUGUGAUUUAUAGAAUUCUACUAAGAAUUUAUCUGUUUUAGUAAUCUUUUUAUUAAUGACUUAAUGUAAUUGAAAUGCUUCCUGGGAUAGCCGUUAAAGUUUGAUUGGAAGGUAGAGAAGGAUCAAGGUUAACAACAGUUAAA